AAGAAAGAAGAAAUGUGGAGCAAUAUCAUGGAACAAUUAAACUUUGAGUAUGAAAAAUAUGAAAUAUAGAAUUUCUUUUUAUUUCUUUAAUUUUUUUUAAAUGAGAAAAGUUGUAAAGAAACAAUAAUAAUGAGUAAUACGAGGAUUGAGACUUGGCGAAAGUUGAAAUCCCUAAAUCAAACGGUUACUUCAACUUUUAUUUUGAGAAAGAUCAAAAAAUAUAGUUAAAGAAAAUGCAAAAGACGUUCAGUCUGCUACAAACAGUAGCUACAGCGGGAGUGUUCUCUGCUGUUUCCUUCUGGUAUGGUUUUAUGUUUGGAAGAGAAUCAGCUCGCAAAGAAUUAGGUGACUUAAUUGAAGAUCUUCGCCGUGGAAAUUCCUCUUCAAAUCCUCCUCCUUCACAUUCUUAAUUUUGCUCUAAUUAAAGAAAUGAGGGUACUCAAGCUCAAUUGUUGGUUAGUUAUCUUUCUGGGUACAGAGGAAGUAUACACUUUUGAUUUAGCAAGUGGCUCCUUAUUGAUCAAAAGAUUAUUACGAAUCUUCUGCCUGUUGAUAUUGAUAGUUUGUUAUUUUUUGAAAUGAAGUCUGUUGAACUUAAAUUUUCAGCUGCCAGAGUUUUCCUGCCUAUUAUUGCAAAUUCUUGUGGAUGUGAGACCUUAUCUCUUCUAUUUUACAUCUUCUGCACACCCUCGCGCACACAUGCGAACACGUUUAAAUGCACAUGAAAUUUGCAUCAAAUUGACAAGAAGACUUGAAGAGUAGGAAGGGAAACUCCUAUAGAUUGAGAUUGAGAAGGAGCUUAACCAUGGGGUGAAACUGUAUAUAAAUUGUGGUUUUCUUUGAGCUCAUGAUAAUUUUCACUAUAGCAGUUCAAUCUCAGGCUAAAUUAAUGGGUCACAUGUGUCGUGGCUAUCAGAAUACACCAAAAAAAUCUGAUGUGGAUCACCUAGGGCUACAUAACUCUGCUACCAGGAGAAAGCAUCCUGCCAUGCCCACCUGAUAUUGUCAGGACUUAGAAUUACAGCAUUUUUAUUUUCCUUCUUUGUUUUGGUGGUAUAUUGGUAUUUUUCUGAAAAGUAAGGCGUGCAGCGGUGAUUUACAUUAUAAAUCACCCGCGGAGAAGGUCCCACUUAAUGUGUUUGCAUGUGAAAAUGUAGGAUCAGACUUUCUUUGGUUGAUAUUAGUCUCUCUCCCCCUUCAUCAGACACAGACAUUUGAAUUUGAAAGGUAAAAGGGGGAGGAACUUUUAGUGGUAGAUAUCAAUAUCCUCUUUUCUCUAUCGUUUAUGGAGAGUCUAGUUUCAAGAUCAGGCUUUGGAUUAACACGAUUUCUUAUGGGAAAGAAAGAACCCAUUUGCUAACUGGUUUAUACUGGGCAUAUUUUAGCAGCUAUUGUCUUCUUGCAUGUCAAUUGGGGCAAAGGGUCGGUCACUCCCCUCCAAAAAAGAAAAAAGAAUGAAACUUUCAUGUUCACAUGCCUUUUUGUCUUGAUUUGUGGUUCUCCAUUACUUGGACGUGUCCUCUCAAUUUAACACGGAAAACCAUUUUGCAGCCCCUCUUUCAAUUUCAAAUGGCAAUUCUUGAGAUAUUUAUAUUUCUAAUUUGUUGCUUAUUUUGCUUUUACUAUGAUAUUCAUAAUGUCUUUUCCUUGUAUGUCAAUAUGAUUACCGGUGAGCAAAUAAAAAUGGAAAACUAAGAAAAUCAGAAGAUUAAUUUCGAAAUUAAGAGGUUAUUGGUACCUGUUAAUUCAGUUUUGAUUUUUUUUUUUCAAAACCAUUUUCAAUAAUAUGAUUUGGUUGCAAUUUUCCGUUUUUGUAAAGCUACAGUUAACCGAUUCGACCGAAGAAUAUGUGAAAAGAAAACACAUUGGUUCGAUUCAGAAAUAUUGGUACAAGAUUCGGCUGACUGAACAUCCUCACGACUAAUUGCGAUGGUUAGACUACAAUUUGUUUGUCUUGCUCACCGACUCGAGCCUAACACUGGAAUCUAAUUUUUUUUUUUUUUUUUUGUGAAUCACAAUGAUAAGGGAAGCAAUUUUUUCUUUAACAGUUCUCACUGUAAGUGUGUGGAGGUGACAUCUUUCAAGCAUGAACACCUUGUGAAAGACUUCAUAUACUAUGAGGAACAAAAAUAUUAUGCAACAAAAAUUUGAAAUAACUGAACUAGUUAAAUCUCUAAUACUUAAAAGAAAAUGUCAUUAAAUCAUUCUUGUUCUUUGAGUUUACUAUUAUUUAAUGUAUUUUGAUUUUUAUAUAAUGGAAAAAGAGUAAAGUAAUUUAAAUUCUUAAAGGACAAGAAGAAUAAUAAGGUAAGCAAAUUAUUAUUUUAGUGGAGCAAUCAAAACUAUUCACAAUGAUUCUAUAUAUUCUUAAUUAAAAAUUUUAAGAUGGGCAAUUGUCCUCCUGCUUCUACAAGUGCUGUCGACUAGGUGCGUGGGUUCCAUAAUUAUUGGAUGAGCAUCUUUUAAAUAGAAUCAAGUACUGUGAGAUUGUGCGAAAACACACGUGACCUCUUACAGUGUCCUGCAAUACAAAAAUGGUAAAACCACCACAAGGUACAAAAGAAAAAAAGGAAAAGAAAAGAAAAAUAUCUCCUGAAUCCAUAUAAGAUACUUGUAUGAAAUAUGAUAAUGGAAACCACUUCUCAUUCCGGGACCUUUUGAACUCUGAUAUUUUGGUGAUACAUAAUCAUCUGUCAUUUUCACAGACGUCUACAUCCCAACUCAAAAGCUUAUGAAUAGUUGACUGGUUCAAACUUAAACUAAGGACAUGCUAACUCAAAAGAAUCAACUGGAAGCAAAACAUUGGAAUCUUCUUACUUGAAGUAGAAAUUGCUACACAUACUCCUCCUUAAUUCAUCA